AUGGAGCAGCAGCGGGCAUUCGACGCAGUGAACGAAGGGUUAAAGGACGCGGCGUUGUGCAACGACUACGCCAGCGGGGAACUAGUUAAGAGAAGGUUUGUUUUUGGAGAGAGUAAACAAAUCAAGCACUGUUAG